GUGUCCAUUCUCAGUUGUGACCUACAUAUUUGGCGGAACCUAAACUACCCGAUCCAUAAAUCAAUAUUCUUACCAAUGUCCCCAGGGUAAAUUACGUAAGGAAUGGUCAGUUAAACUUAAUAACUUUAAUUAUUAAUCAUUUGAUCAACAUUUUUAUACCUAACGGUUAAAUAAUUGCUUUCUCACCGAUGAAUUAACAGAUGUGCAUAUGAGGGGCCGCUAUGGCAUACGAUCACGCGCCAAAUUCGAACGCGCUAGUAUUCGUCUAUCGUUUGAACGCCAACAGGAAUAUUUGGGAAUAAUACGAAGAAUAUUUUAUAUUUUUUAUCAGUGAAAUAACCAUAAAACAGAAAUGACAGAAAUAAAUUCAUCCUCACUGUAUCUUCUCAACACAAAUCCAGUUAUUGACGAAUCCAUUACUGAAUCUAAUUCCAAAGUAGACAGGAUACCAUUUUCUCCAGUCAACAGCCAAAAUACUUGUGUUUUUGCAAGUAAACACAACUCUCCAAGAAUCAAGGCAUCAGCUGACAAAGAAAACAUGAAAGCCAGAACAAGAUCUAAAAAGGAGGCUUCUCCAUUAAAAGACAAAAAAUCAUCUUCAAAAUCAGACAAAUCUGAACCUCUUCCAAAGUCAGAGAGGGUGAAAAAUGACUCUGAAUCUUCAGUGGACUCUAUAGGUGAAAGACCCUCUACUCCGACGGAAAACCCUGAAACUUCAGCGCCUCUUACCCCCACAGCAAAUCUUAAAAUGCUUUUCAGUGCUGUAAGUCCAGAACUAAGGAACAGAGAAAAACAGUUGGAAGAAAAUGAAGGGAAAGACUGUGAUGAAAUGGGAGGAAAAUUUAAGCCCCUGAAUCUUGAUGCAGAACUGGCAGCUUCACAAGUUGAGGAUGAAAAUGGAGACUGGAAGCCAGGAUCUCGAAAGGAAAAGUCCUUAGGCCUUCUCUGUCAAAAGUUUCUUCAGAAGUACCCAGUGAAUCCUCAAACUGAAGAAAGUCAAGAAAUUUCACUUGAUGAAGUAGCAAAGGAAUUAGCUGUAGAAAGGAGAAGGAUAUAUGACAUUGUCAAUGUUUUGGAAAGUGUGGAGAUAGUGAGCAGAAUAGCCAAGAAUAAGUAUGCGUGGCAUGGGAAAACUAACCUAGUCAAUACUCUAGCUAAACUAAAGGCAUUAGCAGAUGCUGAAGGAUUUGGAGAAUUAGUGCUAAAAGUGAAAGAUUAUGAACUGAACCGUGAACUUGCAGAGCAGAAUGGCAGUGUAUACACAGCUCCCCCUCCAUUUAUAAUGGAUCCAGACAAUCCUAAUGCAGCUUUACUGAGGAAAGACAAGUCAUUAGGCAUUAUGAGUCAGAAGUUCCUUAUGCUCUUCUUGGUGUCAAAGCCUAGAGUGGUCAACUUGGAUUUGGCAGCUAAAAUCCUAAUUGGAGAUCCAAAUAUUGACAGGACAGAAAAUGCCAAGUUCAAAACAAAAAUAAGGAGACUUUAUGACAUUGCUAAUAUUUUAGCAACUUUAGACCUUAUCAGGAAAAUUCGCAUCACCGACAUCAGGGAUAGAAAACCUACCUACCAGUAUAUAGGGCCAGAUCUGGAACAAGUUCAUGAAUUAAAUGUGUGUUACCAUGAUGGGUAUCAUCGACCGACUUCUAGACAUUCCAUGCUUGACUGUGUCAAGAACCAGCAAAUGUCUGAAAUUCUAUCAACACAUGGUUACCGACCUAUUAGACCAAACUCACCUUUUAAUGAUUGCAAAGGGCUAGGGGACGGGGCUCCCAGGAAGAAUGUAAUGCCAAGACAUUCCUCUUUUGAGCAAAUCUGUCAAGUAGCAGAGAAGGAACGAGACAAAUUAUACGCUUCAAUGUCACAGCCAUCAAGCCCAACAGAGAAACACAGUUUUGAUGAUUCUCGAAUGACCUCAAGUCAAGAGGAGCCAAGCACCAUUCGCAAGAGUGUUGGUAAACGAAUCAUUGUUAAGCAAAAGGGUACAGAAUUCCAGAUCAUUCAUCCUACAAAAACAACAGUAUUGAAAACUGAUGCAGCUACUUCUACCGUGCCAAAGCCCUCAGGGGGUGUUUCCAAAGAUACAAAGGCUAUGGAGACGAUAGUUAUCAAAGCCAAACAGAGUUCUUCUCUGCCAUUGACCCCAGAUCAGAUAAAUGCUGUACUUAAAUCGUUGAAAGUGCCAGUACCUAUCAAAAAGGAAGGUGAAGUGAAGGAAAUACAGAGUCCGGUCAAAAGUGAGAAUACGCCUGAGGCUGGUGCCUUUCAAGCAGUUAAGAGGGCCUAUGUUCUGCAGAAUGGAGAACCUGAGGUGAAACGGUUUAGACUGGAGUAUCCCUCACCGCCCACUGAUGAGGACGAGGCCAAGUCAAAAAAAACUUCAAAUGAUAUCAAAGGGAAAACACCUCCUCAGAGAGCUUUAACCUCGGAAUUCAUGGAUGCAAAAGGAUCCCAAAGCUCAUCAGAUGUAGAACCCUCUCAGUCAACUGAUUCGUGUGAUUCAGAGGUGUCAGGGAGUAGUAAAAACAAUCAGGGACAAAUUCACAGAAUUGCAGUACAGUUGCCAAACCAGCCACCUACCAUAUUGCAGUUACCUUUCAUUCAGCGCCAGCCAGCCACCUCAAUUUCUCACAUGCAGAUCAUUCAAGGCGUUCCGAUGAGUGCCACUGAUGGUUCAGGACAAGCAGUAAACUUCAUGGUGCCUGUAACUUUUAGUCCUCCCCUUACCCCCAACAGUAGCUCCUCCCCUAGUCCAACUGUGUUCACAUUUCCAGGGCAACCAACCUUUGUGAACCAGCAUCAUUUAAUCGGUCAACCACCAGUGAAAUUGUCACCAAUUUCUGUUUCCAUGGCCAGUGUCUCUCAGAAUAGUGCUGUUCAGUCCUCCCCAAUCAUUCCCCAGCAGAUGAUCACCCCCACAGAACGCCCUACCCCUACUGCUAAAUUCUUCAGGAACACACCUGGAGGCCUGAUUCCACUGUCAACCAUUUCAGCUGCAGCCAGCAAUUUUGCAGCCAAAGAGGGUUUGGCAACAGCAAGGAAGCUUGACCUCCCUGACCUCAGUGCUAAUGACGUCUGCUGAGCUGAUCUCAUGUUUUAUUGAUAUGUAGAGUAUUCAUAUUUAAGUUAAAAAGUAUAAAUGUAUUUUAUUGAGGAAUGAUUGCUUGUUUUUUGUCUGAGGAAUGUGACCUGUGCUGUCCUUUUAACUGUAGUUAACUUGAUGGAGAAAGUAUGUUUUAACUUAUGGCUUAUGUCUAAUUUUAUGUGGUGCACUAAGAUGUAAAUAUUUAGACCAAAGUAUUUAUUCUCUGCACAAAAAUGGUGUAUUUGCAUGAAAUAAAAUAUUUUUUGUGGUAUUUAUUAUGUGAACCCUCAGAUUUUGAAAUGAAGCCUAGCUAUAUAUGUUUGCUUAGUAUUUGAAUGCGGAAUUAGCGAUACACUAUAUGUGUGGGAAAAUCUAUAUCUUGAAAAUCUACAAGGAAAAAUUUGUUUGCUAGCUUGCAGUGUAAAGGAUGAUAUAGCAGGGCAGAUGUUAGGUGUAAAAAAAAAAUGAAAUGUGUUUUCUUGUACCUGUGAAAAGUAGAAGUGUACAAAUGUUUGGGCUUAAAAAGUGUUGUAAAAUAUGUAAUUGGAAAAUAUAUACUAAUGUUGGAAGAGAAAUGCAUAUGUAAAAAUGUUAGGGGUUUGAAGUGUAAUGUGUAGAAUAGUUGAAUGUUAGUCGGAAAUGAAGUUCAUGUUUUCUCACUCAUUUCUAAGAUGUAUCUGGGUCCAUGCAAAAUGUACAAAUGUUUGACUUGCAGUGUGUCAUAUAGAAUGGUAAUGGGAAAAUAUAUACCAAUGUUGGAUGUAAUUGUGAAAAAAAAUGUUUGUAAAAAGGUGAUUGCUAUAAAGUCGGGGUACAUGAAUUUUUCUCUUGUCUGAUUUUGGGUCUUAAUGAUUCGUCGCAUGUUGUUUGACGUGUACUUGGAAGAAGGCUGUCUGAAUUUUGUAGAACUUUCUGAAUGCAUUUGAGUUUGACAAAGAAAUAAUUUGUGGCAAACUGUGAUAGACCUUUAUUGUUUAGUUUGUCAUCUUUGUUUAUCAGUACAUUGUGGUUGUAAUAAUUUUGAUAAUUUAAAUCUGUAGAUUCCAAUUUGUUAAGUUUUUUUUUUUUUUGGAAGAUUUUUUUAGGCAGCAUUCAUAGUACCCAGUACAUGCAUGUAAUGCAUAUAUGUUUUGUUUAUUUUAUUUAUUUUUUUCCUAAUCAUAAUAGUUUUAUUUUUGCAUGGGCAGUCUUUGAUAUUUUUUUUAAAUAUACAAUAUUUGAGCUAGCUCAAUAUGUUUAUUUUAUUAAUCAAUGAGUUGAGAGGAAGAUCAAGGAACACUGUGUAGGAGUUAUCUUCCCUUCAUCUAAAUCCACGCACAGUCAUCAUUUCAUUCCUUAAUUAUAAUGUUUUAAUUAGCAAACAAAUCAGCUCACUUUAUUCAUGAUACUCCUUUGUUUUUGUUGGACAACAAAUAUUGUUAAGUUGUUUCUUUUAUUAUUCUAUGUUUUAACCCUACAUAGUGCACAAUUUUUUCCAAUAUAAUUGAUUAAAUUGCUGCAUGAAGUCAAAUUGUACAUAGAUAAUUGUAUAUAAAGGAAUAAUAAACUAUUUAAUGAUG